AUGGAGAACACUGUGAAAAAUCACGCUGUUUCACACUCUCAUCAAACGGGUGAAUUCAUAAACUCCGCUUACGCACGACAAUCGAUGCCGCACCGGAAUUUGACACACGGCCGAUCAACAGUGAUGUCUAUGCCCUCGUUAAUAGACGAAGCUGGAGAAUAUCGCAGUAAACACCAUCUAUCCGUUCCUCCGACUGGGUCUUGCGAUUCAGGUGUGAGCAUCAAUAAUACAUAUACGACGCUGUCGCCGCUGCAGCAUCUUUCAGCUGGAUCCACAAAUGCAGAAAAAUUCCCACACCAUGAACAUUCACGUUACGGUCACCAUCAAACCGCGCACCAACACUGUACAGCCGGAAGCGUCAGUGGUAGCUUCACACUACUGCGCGACGAUCGAGGCUUGGUCCCAACGGAUAACCUGUAUGCCUAUUACCAAAAAGACAGUUCAGUUAUGGGACACUCGCUCACGAUGCUUUCGGGUGGUUUGGAGUCUUUGCACAACGCGCAGCAGCCUUUCGGAAACUACGGUUCCGAUGCUCGCCUCUCCAAAGACAAAAUGAUCUCCUACAACGGUUUUGAGACUCACGCGGCGAUGCUGGGCCGGGUUCAUUCUGGGGGGCACGGUGCAGGGCUAAGGCCUUUUUCUACCCUUAACGGUCUCCAUCAUUUAGGGCACUCACAUUCUCAUCCGUGCGGAUACAUUCACAUGGAGAACGACAAGCACACAGCUGCAGGCACCCAAAAAGGUGGAUCUUCUCAGCUAGAGGAAAUCAACACCAAAGAGGUGGCACAGAGAAUUACGGCCGAGCUUAAAAGAUACAGCAUUCCACAGGCCAUCUUUGCUCAGCGGAUCUUGUCUCGUUCCCAAGGAACUCUAUCCGACCUUUUGCGGAAUCCUAAACCGUGGAGUAAACUAAAAUCAGGACGAGAGACAUUCAGGAGGAUGUGGAAGUGGCUGCAGGAGCCAGAGUUCCAGCGCAUGUCAGCCCUUAGGCUAGCAGCCUGCAAGCACAAGGAGCAAGAGCAGCUAAAGCACAGCACAGCUGCCAAGAAACAUCGACUGGUUUUCACAGAUCUUCAAAGGCGCACACUUAUUGCCAUCUUCAAGGAGAAUAAGCGACCCAGCAAGGAGAUGCAGAUGACCAUUGCACAGCAGUUAGGCCUUGAGCUCAACACAGUCAGCAAUUUCUUCAUGAAUGCCCGUCGCCGUUGCAUGGACCGUUGGCACAAUGAACACCAGCAUGAACAUAGAAGCAGCUUGGGAGACAAGAAAACUGAAACACUCAAGGCAAGAAACCUUGGAAGGGGCGACGAGGGAACCAGGAGGCUGGAAUUGAGGCAGGUGGGACUACCAGGGACACAGGAAGCUGCAACAAGUGAACCAGGAGGCUGGGAUGGAGGCAGGUGGGACUGCCAGGGACAAAAGAAGGUGCAACGAGGGAAGCAGGAGGCUGGGAAGGAGUUAGGUGACGAAGAGAACACUGGAGAGGAGGCAAGUGGCAUGGAGCAGGGGAUCCAGAAGAUAAAACCAAAAUACUGCAGGUGCGCCAAAGCAAAAUCACUACCAACUACUCUGUUGCAGCAGCGUGCUCCUCCUGGACUGGGAUCAUGUCUGCUCAAUCUCCAGUCUCUGUCAGCUCUUUCUCUGUCAGCCUAUCUUCCUGUAGCCGCAGGGGGAUUGACUGCAGCAGGCCCCAUGCCAGGUCCCGGUUUCCUCAUCACCAUCACUCGCAUUUCUCUUUUUUAUCCUUUCAGGGCAUGCAUAGAUGAGGUGAACAGGCAGUGA